AUGAAUCCAUCCGUAAAAGCCGAAGAGUCUGGUUCACAAGCUGGAGGACCCGAAGGCGAUGGCGCUACUACGUCGGGCGGUCCUUCGUCGUCAUCCAACCAACCCCCUCCUCCGUCAGCCCAUAUCCACAUGCGCUGUCUCAUCGUAACCCAGGACGCGUCCAUCAUCAUUGGGAGAGGAGGAGCCCAUGUCAAUGAGAUCAGAGAGAAGAGUGGCGCUCGGGUUAUGGUAUCGGAGAGCAUACCAGGUAACCCGGAGCGGAUACUCAACGUCAGUGGACCGUUGGAUGCUGUGUCCAAGGCGUUUGGUCUAAUAGUCCGACGAAUAAAUGACGAGCCCUUCGACAAGCCGUCAGUACCCGGCAGUCGAGCAGUGACUAUUAAGUUCAUGAUUGCCAAUUCUCGGAUGGGCUCCGUCAUAGGGAAGGGCGGCUCGAAGAUCAAAGAAAUCCAAGAAGCCAGUGGUGCCCGUCUGAACGCCAGUGAAGGCAUGCUACCGGGUUCGACCGAGCGCGUCCUGAGUGUAUCCGGAGUAGCAGACGCCAUUCAUAUUGCGACAUACUAUAUUGGGAAUAUCCUAAUUGAGGCGAACGAGCGCAUGCCUGCUCAUUCUCACUCCUCCUACCGACCAACCAGCAACGUCCGAAGGCCACCCGUGGGUGGGUCCUCGUUCGUCCCUGGCUAUUCAAACCCGUACGCCCAGGCUCCCCCGCCUCCCCAAGGUCCGCUCCAGACACAGCAGAUCUACAUACCGAACGACUUGGUGGGCUGUAUAAUCGGGAAGGGGGGGAGCAAGAUCAAUGAAAUCAGACACAUGAGUGCGAGUCAGAUCAAGAUUAUGGAGCCUGGCGCAACCGGUGUCGCUGUCAACGGGGCUCCUGCUGCGAGCGAGGGGGAGAGGUUAGUAGUUAUUACGGGUCAACCUGCCAAUAUCCAAAUGGCAGUGCAACUCUUGUAUCAUCGGUUGGAACAAGAGAAGCAAAAGCAGCUGCGAGCCCAACAGCAGGGGACUUCAUCCUCAGCUGGCCCGUAA